AGGAGGAGGAGGAGAGUAGGAAUUGCUUCUCUCUGUCUCUCGCUCAGUCUGACCCCACACAAACCUGCACCAAGUUCCAGCACAGCCCGAUCCGCCGCUCUCCGCUCCGGGCACCCAGGGGGCACAGCCGGGAUGGAUAUCAAGGAAGGGGACAUGAUAGACAGGGGCACAUCUGCCAGCGGAGUGGUGGUGCAAGUCAGAGAGAAGAAGGGACCCCUGAGAGCUGCCAUCCCCUACAUGCCAUUCCCCGUGGCUGUCAUCUGCCUCUUCCUCAACACCUUUGUGCCGGGGCUGGGAACGUUUGUAUCAGCUUUCACCGUACUGUGUGGGGCCAGGACAGACCUUCCGGACAGACACAUGUGCUGCGUUUUUUGGCUAAACAUUGCCGCCGCUCUCAUCCAGAUCCUCACAGCGAUUGUAAUGGUGGGGUGGAUCAUGAGUAUAUUCUGGGGAAUGGACAUGGUCAUCCUUGCAAUCUCACAAGGGUACAGAGACCAGGGGAUUCCGCAGCAGCUGUGAGUUGAUGGAACCCCCCCUCCCGGCAGUUCUACUCAGUAUUUAUAACAUGAAUCUUCCCCUCGGAGCUCGGCACUGACCCAUAAGGAACCGGACCCCAUUUGUUCCAGUGGCGGAAUGUUCCCAGAUAUUCUGAUCUCCACUCACAACACCAAAUCUGGGCUCCGGACUGGAAUCUGAUGCUGAAUUAGCGGUUCGUUAGGGAAGAAACAACCAGCAUUUGACUUUCAUUGGGAUCCAGCCAACCGGCACCGCUGUUCUGCUUCUGUUGGUACCAAAUCUGACUAUUAUCAGUAUCCAAGUUCCAUUAGUACCGCCAGUGGCCGGGGGUAAAAUAUGGCUUCCACUGGUCCCAACGUGGCUUCCAGACCGUGGCAUUGAGAGACGGAACCUACAUUCUUCCCAUUUCAUUCUUCAUUCCCUUAUUUACAGGAACUACAAAGGGCAAGCAAACCCUCUCUGCAGUAUAUUCAUGUAUUAUUUGUGUUUCCUCCCUGCUGGACGGACUCUAUGGCCAAUGAACAACUGAUAUAUAUAUAUGUCUGGACCUUGUACUGAGAGAGCAUAUUCUUUAUCUAAGUCCAUGUGUUCUUCAGCCACUAGGAGGAGCAAUUUUGUUGGAGCGUAUAAGGGAUAUUUCAUUGGUAGAUAAGCAGUAUGGCAGCUCCCACUCAGUGUGUGUUCGUUAAAUAGUAGCUGAAACACUCUACACAAUAUUCUCAUGUUUGGGCACCAGCAAAACUAUAUUUGAUGAAAAUAUCACAAUUCUAUUCUUGCUUGGCCCCACCCCCAGCUCCGCCCAAUUAUAUCAAUCUGGGUGACAGCUCUACUGCAGUCACUAUCCAAAGAAAAUAUCUCUUGAAAUAAUUCUAUUCUUGCCUGGCCACUCCCAGUUCCUCCCCAACCACACCCCCAGCUCCGCCCCAUUAUAUCAAUCUGGGUGACAGCUCUGCUUAUACUUGCAUUUUAUCAGAUCACUUGUCUGCAGUCACUAUUCAAAGAAAAUAUCCGGCCUGGCCACUCCCAGUUCCACCCCAACCACACCCCUUGCUCCGCCCCAUUAUAACAAUCUGGGUGACAGCUCUGCUUAUAAUUGCAUUUUAUCAGAUCAUUUGUCUGCAGUCACUAUUCAAAGAAAAUAUCUCUUGAAAUAAUUCUAUUCUUGCCUGGCCACUCCCAGUUCCACGCCAACCACACCCCCUGCUCCGCCCCAUUAUAUCAAUCUGGGUGACAGCUCGGCUUAUAAUUGCAUUUUAUCAGAUCAUUUGUCUGCAGUCACUAUUCAAAUAAAAUAUCUGGCCACUCCCAGUUCCACUCCAACCACACCCCCAGCUCCGCCCCAUUAUAUUACUGUAGGAGACAGCUCCGCCUACACUUGCAUUUAAUCAGAUCAAUUGUCCACAGUCAUCAUUCCAUGUAAUCUCUCGUGUUUCCAGGGUUAAAUGAGCUUCCAGUAUCCGACGGUGAUAUUGUACAGGAAUUUGCAAUUGGUCUUUCUUUGUGGGACUUUUAUUUGUUUCUAUUCUUUGUUCUUUAAUCUUCCAUUUUGAAUUUUUUCUAUUUUGGGCCAUCACACCAAGAGGGUACAGGGGGUGGUGCAGUCAUGGACCCCGUGACAAAAGUGGUCCCAAAAAGGGGGCAUCGUAAAGAAGGUGGGCAUUCAGUGGGAGGGGUUAAUGUGUAAUAGGGCAGAGGGAGGGGCAUGUGGUGCUUUUCUUUCAUUGGCUCCCGUCUAACCAAUGGGAAAGCAAAUCAUUUCAACAUCAAAAAUAAUAAGAACUCAAGCUCCUUAAUGUUAAGUUCCCCUUUAAAUAGGAAAUUUGUCAUAUCCAAGGAAUUCGUAGGCCGCUGCCAGAUGGGCUCAGCCGCUCGGCUGUAACAGACAUUUCCCAUGAACUCUGACUGCCGCAAAGGGCUCAUUCCGUGUAGACUAAAUGUCACAUGGAGCUAAAAUUGGCUCGUGAGUCACAACUCAUAGCAGCACCGAGUAUCUGUCCGGCGUUUGUAUUAUUGGCUGCACUUGUAAAGGGUAAGAUAACCUUAAAUAAUAUCUGCCCGGGAGUUAAAAUGGCAUCGCGGGUAUAUUAACUAAACUGGGCCGGUGAAUUUAUUAAAGAAGGGUCCAAGGAAAAAGUCAGAGAUAUUAACCCACCCCCCCCACCCACAUUGGAUUUGGCUUUCCUUGUCCUUUAGACACACAGCUAUGCAGGAAGCCAUUGCUUAUAGAAGACUCCUCCCCUGGAUACAAUGUAUCUGAAUGUAUUAGCGGGACCAGUCACACACAGAGAGCACAGGCUGUUUGUCACCACUAGAUGGCACUAGACCUGGAAGUCUAUGGGGAAUGCAUCAGCCCAGAAGCAAAAUGGCAGCUCCCAGGCUUAAGGGAAAGGGAGCUGCCAUAGUGUUUACCGUAGCUGAGGGAGACUCCACAGACGGGAAUGCAUAAUGAAAUGGAGUCCCAGAGAGUGAUGGUGGGGUUUUAUACGUCUAAGGAGAAUCCCUCAAACAAGAUGGCAGCUCCCUUCAGGGGUCAAACUGCCAUGAAAGGGGUGGUGCUUACUGAGAAACAGGUGGGGAUUGGGCAGACCUUGGUUAAGGAAUAUCAGUGAUCUCUCAGGGUCAAAGAGAAGCCCAGAACCAUAGACUUGACACUGGUAUUUUAAUGGGGGGGAGGGGCACGGAAGCCCCCGGUUUGGGUUUUGUACAUACGGGGGGGCUGCCCAUGUACAUUACUGUGUAAAUGACGUUAUUCUUGUAUCCGAUUAUACAAAGCAUGAGGAAUUUUAUUUAGUGUGUUUUUUAAUGUUUUUUAACGGACGGCGUUCAUGUUCGGAGGCUCCGCCCUCCUCAUUUGUAUUUAAUAAAAUGUUGUUGUGAUAUUUACAGUUA